GCAGAAAAUCAUUGGUGGGGGCGGGGGGCGGAGGGAAGCGCUGCCUCUGAUGUUUUCUUCAAGAUUCCCAACUCUCCCUGGAAAGUCUAAUGUUGGGGCAGGAGGUCUGCUCCCUGAGGAGGAAGGCUGGAGGUGAGCUGGCACGUGGAGGUAGUUAGAAAGUGAAGUUCUGCCUUGGGGCGCAUUCCCCUGGCAGGCUCUCAGUUACUGCUUUGCACUCAGGAACAUUUCUUGGCCUUGCUCUGUCAACUUGUGAAGGCUCCUCUACUCCUAAAGGCACCAGGUUCUGCUCAGAGUCUCAACCUCUGCCAUGCAAGGAUCAAUUCAUCACACACGUAUCCUAGAGACUUCCAGCCCUUGAGACAUCAGCUUCUUGUCAUAAGGUGGCACAAGGAUGGAUUAAGUGCUGAUUGUUGGCCUGGCUCAAACUCCCACUCCAGGGAGAGAAGCAGCUUUGGGAGAGCCAGGGCCCAGCUGCUGAUUCUCAUUGCAUUGUGGUCCAGUUUCCCCCAUGUCCCCUGUAAUCAACCAGCUCCCAGGGCUCAAGUGGAGAGUAUCUUACUGUAAUUCUUCCUGGGCAUUGGGAUGGACUUAUACAAUUUUGUGUUUUUUAGGUUCUCUCUUGCUCUGGAGUCUCUGAGCAUGAGUUGAAAGUGGCUGAGAAAUUUACAACUGAAAGUAACUUUUUUUUUUUUUUUUUAAACAGACCCUUGUUUACUUGUUACAAAUAAUAACAGCCAGUCCCGGGGCCAUGUGGGGACAGGACUAGUAAUUGCUGCACCUUUGUGUGGGUCAUUUUAAGGGACAUCUUGAAUCAUAUAAUAAUGUUUGUCCUCACUUACCUCUCUGGCCACAAUCCCAUGAAUCGUUUCCAUGGGUAGCUGCUGUGAAUUUAAUGCUCUUCUUUGCAUGCUGUUCACUUCUUUCCCCCUUUAUAUGCAAGCAGCUUAUUCUGCGUUGUAUCCUGAAGCGAGACAGAGAUGGCCAAAGGCAUUCUAGGAGAUGCAAGUCUUCACUUUGAUGAGCUGAAUAAACUACGAAUUUUGGACCCUGAGGUUGCACAGCAAACAAUUGAACUCAAAGAGGAAUGCAAAGCUUUUGUGGACAAAAUUGCAGAGUUUCAGAAAAUAGUGGGUAGCUUAAUAGAACUUGUUGAUCAACUAGCAAAAGCAGCCGAAAAUGAGAAGAUGAAGGUACUUCUUGUUUCCAUAGGCAAUUGGUGCCCGAAACUUGCUAAAGUCUAUAGCGAAGCAAAGAGAGGCUCAGCAGCAGCAGCUUCAGGCUUUAAUAACCGAGAAGAAAAUGCAGUUGGAAAGGUAAGCUAA